AGAGAGCGAUCAACUUCAGAAGAAGCCAAGGUGGCAUCAGGAGGUUGUGGCAAACCCAACCCAGCCAUCACGUUUGUCUUCUGCACUGGCCUCAUGUAUGUCUGCGGGUCAUUCCCAAAGUAGUGGGAAAAGCAGCAUUAUCCACGUCUGCCGGAAAAGAAAGCAUGAAGAAGAGAGCCAGCAACUGCAGAAGAAGUGGAAAUUGGAGGAGGAGGAUGCCAGACAUGGUUAUGAAGACACCUCUGGCCCUUAUGUAACUCUGCCAGCAAGUUACAAACCACUUCGUUCUCUUAAGUUGCCCAAAUCAGUGUUUAGUGAUGAGGGCGAUUCAAAGAGAGAUGAAAGCAACAUCCUCCGUGACACGAAGAAAAGAAAAAGUCCUGACCAACUGGACAGCGAGCAUCCACAGAAGAAGCAGCGCUUCAACCCAGAACAUAACUGCUAUGGACGUCCAUACACACAAGGUCAUUUGCUGGGUGAAGGUGGAUUCGGAUCUGUGUAUGCUGGAAAUCGCAUAUCUGAUGGAUUGAAAGUUGCCAUCAAGUACGUCUCGAAAGACCUGAUAGAUGAGCAGCUAGAAGUGGAAGGCCAAGGUUUGCUGCCCAUUGAGGUGGCACUGAUGAUUCGGGUCAAUUCAGAUCCGGCCUGUCCCAACAUUCUGCACCUCAUCGAGUGGUUUGAAACACCCGAACACUACAUCAUGAUCCUGGAACGGCCUGACCCUUGCAAAGAUCUCGACAAGUUCUGUUACGAGCAGGGAAAUUUGGAAGAGAGCCAGGCCAAGAGGGUGCUGGUCCAACUGAUCAGGGCUCUCAAACACUGCGAGAGCAAGGGAGUCCUGCACCGAGACGUCAAGCCCCAGAACAUCCUCAUCCGCACCGACACGCAUGACAUCAAGCUGCUGGAUUUUGGUUGUGGGGACUUGCUGAACGACUCGGACUACAAAAUGUUCGCAGGCACUUUGGAUUACUUUCCACCCGAGUGGUACCGCUACAGGAGCUACCGUGCAGGACCAGCUACCGUUUGGUCGGUGGGAGUGACACUGUACAACAUUCUGUGUGGCACACUCCCAUUCAAGAACAGAAAAGACAUCAUCCGAGGCAGACUGCGCUUCACCAGAGAUCUUUCUAUAGGCAAGACAGGGCUAACUUUAAACUGUCCAUGAAGAGACCAAUAUCACGCCUAAACCUGGGAGUCAUUUGUUAUUUUGCAUUAUUGAAGACAGGUUGUUGUAUGUUGUAUGAAACAGAAUGUCGCAGCUUCAUUAGAUGGUGCCUAAAAGCAAACGCAGACAAUCGUCCCAGCCUGGAGGACAUUGAGGGGCAUCCCUGGCUACGGUCAACAGGUGCUUUAUUCACUGGACAGUUACUAUUGAUGCAAAGGACUUGUGUAAUAUACAUUGUUAUGUAUAUGUUAAAUAUUGUUUAUUUUUGUAAGUAGACAAAAGUAUCCCAAAGUGCCAUGUCUUAAAUUGUAUUGUUUAGACCAAAUGUAUAUGUAGAAGUUCAAAUGUUGUUGUUUAUGUAGGGUCAGCACUCAGCAGACAGCGCAGGAGCAGCAGAAAGGAAUGAUUAGACAGCAAAGAAAACUGUCAGCGACAGUCAGUCAGAGCUGCAGUUAUCCAGCGAUAGUCAUUCAGUCAGAGCUGCAGUUAUCCAUUGACAUUAAAUCAAUCAGAGCUGCAGUUAUCCAGCGAUAGUCAAGAUAGACUCGCAGUUAUUUUACGACAGUCCAACAUAAUCUCACUGCAAUGCGUUACUAUUUUACGAGUUGGCUAAUUUGUAUUUAUUUAAACAAUAUCAUUCUUAUGUUUUAGUAUGAUUUGCUUUUGUGACGUUGACUGUUAAGUUUAGGGGUGGGCCUUCAGUUCACAUCACACAAAUUCAUACAAAUAAGCCAACUCAUGUAUUUACGAAUUCAAGUGAGAUCAGACGGGACAGUCAUCCUGUCAGACUUGCAGUUACUCCAUGACAGUCAUCCUACACCAGGGGUCUGCAAGUAAAUUUGGUUUCGGGCCAAAAAAACAAAUUCGCCACUAGAUGACAUAGUCAAAGGAUAAUUUAAGAAAGUCAUUGAUGAAAAAGAAUAGCCUACUUUUAAAAAUAUAGUUAUUAUAUAAUUAUAUAUUAUAUAUAAAUACAUAAUAGUCAUAUAAUUAUUUAAUGUAAUGUAACGUAUUUGACGUAAUAGCGCUGGUGGGUACGACAUUCUGUGAAAUUACAGCCAAUAUUUUUAGUGCCUAAAGAGUAACUGUUUAAUAACUGAUAAAGUAUAUUUGAUUUUCGUUACUUUUUUUCCGUGAACAUAAUUAUUAACGCUCCCCGCUACGCUCUCGCUUCGCUCACAUGCUCUGCUGGCGCGGGCCAGAUAUUAUUGCUGGCGGGCCAGUUUUGGGCCGCCUGUUGCCGAUCCCUGUGCUACACUAUUAAUAAAGUGAAUUCAAAUUGACUAUGUUACUUGUUUUCUGGCAGUGUCAAACAAAGAAACGUUAUGAUGGAAAACAAAUAAAAAUAUUUUAGUUUCUCAAACAGUUACUCAGUCCACUGUUCAAGUAUGUCAAGCGUCAUCUUAUCAAAAAUAAUAUAGAUUGGUUGAUAGAAAUUUACUUCAGUUUUGAUUUGGUGUGAUACUUUGGCUACAUCAUCAUGGACUGCAUUACCUUUUAAUCUUGUUGUUCUACCUCUGUACACUUUGGGUUUGAAACCAAAAACGCUUUUAAAUGUAUUGAUGCGUAAUGCAUUGAUUUAUUUUAUUUAAUUCUGGGCAAUAAAUGUAAAGAUGGUGACAACAUUUAACGGAUGAUAUGGAAUAGUCAUAUUUACAUACAAAUAUAUUCACAUAUCUUCAAAUAAUAUGAUGAUUUUAAUAAAUUUAAGUGAUUUUCUACUACAAUUCAUCUAGCAAUUAUCCUAUUAUGAUCCGAAAAUAAAUGUAAAAACUUUAGUAUUUUGUUCAAUACUGUUGAA